AUGCAGGACCACUGUUGCCACAUCCACGACCUGUGCCACCAGCAGCCCGAGCAGCAGGCGGCCUACCGGUACUGUGAGAUGGGCAACCCCGGCCUGGAUACCUUCCUACGCAGCUUUGGGGUGGCGUGCCAAUGCGACGCGGCACUAGUGCGCUGCAUCGACCGGGUGCGCGGCCGCUGCGACAGCCUGCCGUCGGAGCAGCGGGGAGGCUGCCGGGCCCGAAAUGCAUACAAGCUCAGUAAGGCCGCGGACAUCCACCUUGCCUUCACAUUCCUGGACAACUGUGCCAAGUGCCCUGCGGCUUGA